AUGAUCUCAUCUAGCACUUGGGUGCCUCGAGGCUAUGCCUCGGAGUUCCCGGAGAAAUACGAAUUGAACGACGAGGAAAUGGCAAGAAUCAACGAAAUGGCAAACUUGGAAAUUAACGACGCCAGAGAAGAUUUAGAACAAGAAGAGGAAGGAGAAGGAGCAGGUCAGAAGAGUACCCAGCUCAAGGACCAGAUUGAGCUAGAUGACGACUUGAAGGAGUACAACUUGGAGACCUACGACGACGAGGAGAACGACGGCGAAGGGGAGAAGGUGACGAUAUUCCCCGGUUUGUCAAACACCGGCGCCAAGCUUCAUGAAAACGGCGAAGGUGACGAGGACAAGUAUUUGACGUUGCCCACGGAGUUGGACGAGCAGGAAGAUAAGAAGGAGAACCAGAUAUAUACCACGGAUAACUUGGUGCUAGCCACUAGGACCGAGGACGACAUAUCGUGGUUGGACAUUUACAUCUACGACGACGGUGCCGGCGCACCCGCUGGUGCUGACGAAGAGGCAGAGGACAUGUUGGACGCAGAUGUGGCCAACGGGAUGGUGAGAGACUCCACCUUGUACGUGCACCACGACAUCAUGUUGCCUGCGUUCCCCUUAUGUGUCGAAUGGGUGAAUUUCAAGCCUCAAAGCGGAGAGGAAGGAUCGAAUAUCGGCAACUUUGCCGCUGUGGGCACGUUUGACCCUCAAAUUGAAUUGUGGGACUUGGACUAUGUCGACAAGGCAUUCCCUGAUGUUAUAUUGGGCCAAGUGGAGAACAAGACGAGCAAGAAGAAGAGCAAAAACAAGAAGAGCAAGAAGCAGGCGGAGCACGUCACGACCCACCACACCGACGCCGUCUUGUCGCUAUCCCAUAACAAAAUCCACAGAUCCAUCUUGGCUUCAACAUCAGCUGACGCAACUGUUAAGCUCUGGGACUUGAACACCGCCGCCGCCGCCCGUUCUCUAAACCAGAUCCACCACGGCAAGACCGUCUCGUCGUCGCAGUGGCACAAGAGCGAGGCCUCGAUCCUCCUCACCGGAGGCUACGACUCGCAAGCCGCCUUGACCGACGUGAGGAUAUCCGACGAGAGCCAAAUGUCGAAAUACUACCGCGUGCCCAACAACGAGGACGUCGAGAGUGUCAGGUGGAGCGCCAAUCCCGAGAUCUUCUACGUGGGCACCGAUAAGGGAAACGUCUACUGCUUCGACAUCAAGAUGGACGCUGAGCCGUUGUGGACGUUGCACGCGCACGACGCGGGCAUCUCGUCGUUGGAUAUCAACCAGUACGUGCCUGGCAUGUUGGUCACGAGCGCCAUGGGUGAAAAACUCGUCAAGCUUUGGAAAGCGCCUGAAUCUGCAGUGGCGGGGCCCUCGAUGGUGUUGUCGAGGGAUUUCGGGUUGGGCAACGUGUUGACCACUUCGUAUGCGCCCGAUAUUGAAGUCGCUGGAAACUUGGUCGUUGGCGGUGUCACGGGCGGAUUGAAGAUGUGGGAUACUUUUUCAAAUAGGUCGGUGAAGAAUGUGUUUAGGGAUGAGUUGCACAGUUUGCAGCGGAGAGCAAGGGAAGAGGCUAAAGCCGCGGGCCGUGCUUCGAGAAUCGCUAGAAAGUAUCAGUCUGAUGCCAAUGACACCAUAGUUGAAGUGGAUGGUUCCAAGGACGACGACUCCGAAUCUGAAGAAGAGGAUGACAUUAUAGAAGACAAUUAA